UUGCCCUGGCAGCUUCCGCUGAGCCUUCUGUCCGCACGCUAAGCCCGGGGGUGAUACCUGUCGCUAGCCAGCCACCCCAUCCACACAGACAGAACGGAACACACUCUCUCAACAGUCAACAUGCCUCUCCAGGUGCAGCGGACAACAGGACCGGGAACGUUUCAGGAACCAGGAAACAAAGUUUGGGAAGACGUGCCAUACUGGGUCUAUCAACGGGUAUGAGAAGGAGAGGGUGUGUCGCAGAGCUGAUGAAGCAUCUGUUGACUGCUGGAAAGCCCAUCACCCUGUUACCCUCAAGACUGCUUCCAUCUCAGGGAAGACACUGGCCUGAAGACACUGGCCCUCUGAUAGGCAGCUGAGGUCUACCGUUCUGUGGAUCUUCUCACCUGGACAGAGGGCUUGGAUCUAACACUCCUGGACUAGACUUACCGGGAGGGGCCUACCCUGGUCUAUACCUCCUGUCCUCCCUCUCUCUGGAACCUGUAUUAAAGGUCGAGGUCUCUUGGACUAGUCUACCCUGGUCUACACCUCUAGCCUUCUGAGUGUCCUGGGACAUGUUUUAAGGACCAGGGUCUAGGUGUACUUGCAGCAACAUUAGUGUUAGUAUUAGUAGUAGUAGUAGUGGCAGCAGUAUAAGCAGUUGUAGUAGCCCCCCCCCCCCCCAGCAGUAGCAGCCAUGGAGGCGGCUCUAGUGGACUUUGAGAGUCUGGACGACAUAGACAGAAGUCUGGAAGAUGAGCUGGGUAACCCAGACAACCCAGACGAGACCACAACCCUGACGGUCGACAUGCUCCACGAAAACUGCUCCAUCCACGGCUCCCACCACCUCCUUUCCCCUCAGCCCAACCUCACAUCCACUCCCCAGCACCACUACCUCUCCGAACACUCCUCCCACAGGAGGAAUACCUCCCCCUGCCCGUAUCCCUCCCCCAAUACUCUGGAUGUGCCCCAAUCACCCGUCAUGCCACCCCACAGCAGGAGGGGGCGUCCUAGCUGUGCCAGCAUGAUCUCCAACUGGAAGUUGCUGCUGAGUAGCGAGACCCAUAUGCAGAGCGAGACCAUCUUCAGCCGGCUGGCUAAGGAGUGCUGCGAGGAUGUGUUCGUGGACAAGACAGGUCUAGACGACGGAGACCAGAAGGUCAUCAUCAACAUCGCCGGGCUUCGCUUCGAGACACAGCUCAAAACCCUUGACCAGUUCCCCGAGACCCUUCUGGGAGACCCUAUGAAGAGGAUGCACUAUUUUGACCCCAUGAGGAAUGAGUAUUUCUUCGACAGGAACCGGCCCAGCUUUGAUGGCAUCCUGUACUACUACCAGUCAGGAGGGAAGAUCCGUCGGCCGGCCAACGUUCCACUGGAUGUGUUUGCUGAUGAGAUCGUCUUCUAUGAGCUGGGGAGCGACGCCAUGGAGCAGUUCAGAGACGACGAGGGCUUCAUCAAGGAAGUGGAGAUCCCUCUCCCGACCAACGAGAUAUACCGGCAGUUUUGGCUGCUGUUUGAGUACCCCGAGAGUUCCAACGCGGCACGCGGCGUGGCGCUGGUCUCCGUGUUUGUCAUCGUUAUCUCCAUCAUCAUCUUCUGUAUGGAGACGCUGCCAGAGUUCAGGGAUAACACCCUAGACCCCGUCCUACCCACCACCGUCACGCCUCUGAUGCCUUUGGAUGGGAACCAAUCACUGGGCGGCCUCGGGACCUUGUUCCUGCCCUCGCCCUCGGCCACACCCAAAACCAUCACCUCCACGUUCUCCGACCCGUUCUUCAUCAUCGAGACGGCCUGCAUCGUCUGGUUCUUCUUCGAGCUGGUUGUGCGCUUCGUGGUUUGUCCCUCCAAAAGCAACUUCUUCCACAACCUCAUGAACAUCAUCGACAUUGUCUCCAUCAUCCCGUACUUUGUCACCUUGGUAACGGAGCUGGUCACCACCCCGGACCAGAACUCCAGCCAGAACAUGUCCCUGGCCAUCCUUCGUAUCAUCCGCCUGGUCAGGGUGUUCAGGAUCUUCAAGCUGUCCAGACACUCCAAGGGGCUCCAGAUCCUGGGCCAGACCCUGAAGGCCAGCAUGCGGGAGCUGGGCCUGCUCAUCUUCUUCCUCUUCAUCGGAGUCAUCCUCUUCUCCAGUGCCAUCUACUUUGCUGAAGUGGACGAGCCCAGCACACAGUUCGUCAGCAUCCCUGACGGCUUCUGGUGGGCCGUGGUCACCAUGACUACGGUGGGCUAUGGGGACAUGUGCCCGAUCACCAUGGGCGGUAAGAUGGUGGGGACGCUGUGCGCCAUCGCUGGCGUGCUGACCAUCGCCCUACCCGUCCCCGUCAUCGUGUCCAACUUCAACUACUUCUACCACCGGGAGACGGAGGCAGAGGACAAGCAGCCGAUGGCUGACGCAGCAGACCUGGCCAUGAAGGCCUCAGGAGAGAGUAAACAUGGGAGUAGCACCUCUCUGAACAAGACCAACGGGACCUGGCAGGGUGACAAGUUCACUGGCCUCUGAGAUUUACAGAGACUGACCGGUCCACUGUAGAAGAGACAAUGUGUGACAGAGAGACACAGAUAGACUGACCUGUCCACUGACUGGGGCAGAUAGAUAUAGACUGACCUGUCCACUGUGAGGACAGAGAGAUAUAGACUGACCUGUCCACUGACUGGGGCAGAUAGAUAUAGACUGACCUGUCCACUGACUGGGGCAGAUAGAUAUAGACUGACCUGUCCACUGUGAGGACAGAGAGAUAUAGACUUACCUGUCCAUUGUCUGGGGCAGAGAGCUAUAGACUGACCUGUCCACGGUCUGGGGCAGAGAGCUAUAUUCUGACCUGCCCACUGUCUGGGGUAGAUAGAUAUAGACUGACCUGUCCACGGUCUGGGGCAGAGAGCUAUAUUCUGACCUGCCCACUGUCUGGGACAGAUAGAUAUAGACUGACCUGCCCACUGUCUGGGGCAGAGAGCAAUAUUCUGACCUGCCCACUGUCUGGGGCAGAUAGAUAUAGACUGACCUGUACACGGUCUGGGGCAGAGAGAUAUAUUCUGACCUGUCCACUAUGGAAGAUUGAGACAGAGAAAGGUAGAGGGACAUUGUGAGCUGUGAGACACACACAACUAAUUCUCUCCUGUCCUCUGGGAGACAGACAUCAAGUCACCCCUGUGGGAAGACACAGCUACACCGGCUCUUUACUGUCAGAUAAGAUGGUAGAGAAACCAUUUUUUUAAAUGACAGAAAGUAUUAGGUUUGAUAGAUCGUUGUGUUACUUGUCUUGAAAAUGUUUUUUUUUAAAUAUUGUAUAAUAAACAACUCUCAGUGCAAAAAGUGAAUAACAAUGUUAAACACAACUGGUAACAAAUCAAUCAAAUACAA